AUGAGGAGAGGUCGAGGUGACGGUACCAAGGAGGCCUCCCAGGCCCAGCAGACCUCUGCCUGCGGCGGCGGGAGAAGCGACGAGGGUGGCGGGGUGGACCUUGGUGAUAUUUUAGGUGGCGUGGCGGAGGACGACGACAUAGACAAGCGGAGGGACAUCAGGAGCAAAUACAUGGGCCUGAUCAGCUCUAUUCAAGAGAACAGAGAGGAUUUGGUGAGCCCCACCAAUGACAAACUCACAGAGAUGUUAGAUGUGGCCAACAAACUUUUUAAAGAUGUACGUCGGCCUCGAGAGGCAGCUGUGGAUGCCCAGUUCCUUGUUGUGGCCACAGACGUGGGUAAAGAGAAGGCUGACGAACUGUGUGUUGAGGGCCUUGCUUUCAACACUUGUGUCUUUGCUGAGCAUCUUCUGUCCGUCAUGGGUCUUAAACGACUGGAAAAUGAAGAGGAAGACCAGGAAAAUGGAUUUGAAAAUGAUGGCUACCUUUGCAAAGAUGCCUGGCAUAGGUUGGCCAAAAGAACACAGAGCUGUUUCAUAAACGUCCCCACCUUCCACUACAUGAUGGGUUCAUUUCAUGCAGAGCCCCCUCCUCCGAAGCAGCGGGUACAGCGGCAAAAGCAAGCAUCCAGCAUGGAGGCCAAAAGAAUUAUGCCCACACAGCUGCAGAAAAUGGAAAAAUCCCACCAAGAGGCUACUGAGGAGGAAGUGGAGAGGAUACUAGGAUACUUGAGAGGUUACUUUGAAGAAGACUCAAGUUCACCAAUAUCCUAUUAUGAGUUUGUCAUUGACCCCAACUCAUUUUCUCGGACAGUCAAGAACAUUUUCCACACAUCUUUUCUGAUAAGGGAUGGUGUGGCAAUGAUGUACUUAAAUGAUGACGAGUUACCCUGUCUAGCUCCUGUGGUGGAGGGGGAGGCGGAAAGUGCAGCAACGGGAACGAGACGGCGUAGACAGUGUAUCAUCUCUAUCAGCCCCAAGAGUUGGAGGGAGCUUAUUUGUUUGUUGGACAUAAGAGAGCCUUUGAUUCUACCACAAAACCCAGAGAAUGAGUGA